AUGGAGGAUCAAUCAUUGAGGUCAAACACAUCCUCAACGCGGCCCCCGCUGCACUCGUCGAGCGGGCGGCCCGUGCAGCAGACGCGCCCCUACAGUGUCCAAAGCCCUACCACUGCCAGGUACUUCACGCUUCGCAUUGCCGUUGAGGCGGCCCCAGUGCCUCCGCUUCCGUAUGUGCAGCAACGCAAGGAGGAUGCGAUGUCGGUGUGGGAGGAGCCGUGUGCAACACUACGCCACCGCUGGCGCUUCAUAAAAGGCAAGGAGCUCGAAUUUGCGCGCCCGUCGUACGAGGCAGCACCAGAGGCAGUGGAGCAGAGGCGCGUGGGCAGCGACGCACCAGGAGUUCGGCGCUACGCACUGGAGCACGCCCUGCCCCUUCUGCAGCAGCAGGAGCAAUCAAUGCCGCGUGGUGUUUUGGUAGAGAAGCAGCACAGCGGCGAGGGCGGACCGCCCGCCGUGCCGCAGCUGCAUCACCUGCGUCCCAAGACGUGGGGUGUGCAGCGCGGGUGGCUAGAGGAAGUCUUACAGGACGACCGCAGCAGCGGCCCGCCGUCGUUGCUGGUUCCGUGCUUGGACGCAGAUGGCCCGCAGCCGUCGAAUGUCACCGACACUGUGACGCAGGCUGCUGCUACCGGAAUCGAGUUGCCAUCGGCGCGAUCGCCGUCACCGGACGCCACAGCGCCCACGUGGGCGUCGUUGGCGGGCGAAACUCCCGCCACGACAGACCGCUUCGUGCGGGACGACACCACCAACGAGAAGUUGACAUCAACAGAGACAUCAACACCGCGGCUGCCCCCUGUCGCUGCGGAGGGGUCGGCGGCGGCCAAGGGGAGUGAGGCGUCUGAUGCGACGACGACCGCGGGAGACGCGGCGCAGCGGCUGCGCGUGACGCUGCUGACAGCGUCCUUCCAGCGCUUGGUCGACGACGUCGCGGAGACACAUUCAUACAGUGAGAAGGAGCGGGUGCCGCUGCUCCGCCACGCGAGCAUCUUCCGUGAACUGCCGCUGCAGUCGCGCUACCACGAGAUGCACCCGCUCUGCAAUCUCCGCGUCGCGAGCCCCGACUUCCGCCCACCGAAGGAGACGAGCGGCGCAGCAGCAGCAGCAGCACCGACGGAACCGCAAAGCCCCCCUGGGCAGAAGCGGCGGCUGCGCCACCACGGGCGUCCUGCCUCACCUCGACUAGCAACUGCAAUGACGACACCAGCGGCGAAGGCAAAAUGA